AUGGACGAUCAAGAAUUUCCCAUAGUUUACCUCAUCUACUACUUACUUCCGAGUACGCGCACAAUGUCCCGGGUAUCAAGAGCAGCGUCGCCACUCGGCGGAGACACAACAUCUCAUCCUCAUCCACAGCCGACCAUCCGCCUCCACACCACAAGCACAAAUACAAACGUUGCAGUGCCAGGCUAUACCGAGAACAGGAACACCAACAACGCACUAGACGCGCACCAAUACCCUUCUCGACGGAGGAGUCUCCUCCUCAGUGAUAGCGAGAUCAGCGUCCUGGAUCUCGGUCCGAGUCUUGAGUUUGAGGUUGAGGGGGAGGAGGGCCCGCUGCAUCUGCGUGACGGGAAGCAUGCGCAGUGGGAUUGUCGGGGGGAAGAAGGGAAAUGGGGACAGGGGGCGUCGUUGGCUGUUCCUGGGAGGCAGGGCUCGGUUGAUGAAAGUGCUACCGGCGGGGGUGGUGUGGCUGUGUCGUUGGGGGUUAUUUCGUCGCCGUUGCUGUCGCCGUUGAGGACGACGAAGAAGGGGAACAGUGGUAAGACGGUGGUAGAGAAGGAGGUGUUGGUGUACUUUAGGAUGGGGAUGUUGUGGGUGAUAGAUGCCGGCGUUCAUUGGGCGAUGUUUGCGCUUUGUGUCGGUAGAGAUAGACUGGGCGACCAGCGUUGA